AUGAGUAAUCAAAUAACAAAUAUAUUUGCAUCUAUUUUAUUUAUUCUCUUCUCAUUCGCGUUCUAUUUGACUAUAUCGUUCACGCCACUCACAAAGGAAGAACAGAUAGAACGCUACAACAAGAUGACAGAAAACGUCGAACCAUUUAAAAAGAACUUGACUGAAUGCGCGCGCCAGGUCAAAGCUUCGAUGGUUGACGUCGAAAACUUCCUAAAGAGGAUCCCUCAAGCGUCCUUGCAGGGGAAAUGUUUUGUCGCCUGCAUUUUGAAACGUAACUCAAUAAUAAUAAAUAAUAAAAUAAGUAAAGAAAAUUUAUUAGAGGCCAACAGAGCGGUUUACGGUGAAGAUAGUGAAGUGAUGGCUCGGCUGAAGACUGCUGUGGGCGAGUGCGCGAAGGCUGUCGAAGAAAUCUUCGAGAUUUGCGAAUACGCGUCGGUCUUCAAUGAUUGUAUGCAUAUCAAAAUGGAACACAUCCUAGACCAGGUGACUAUGGAACGACGUAUGGAGGCUAUUGGGAAGAUGACUUCAAACCCUGACCAAUGGGGAGAGGAAGAAGAUGAACUCUUGAAGUUGGUGAAAGAUGAAUUAUAG